GUAAAUACACAAAACCACGGUUUAUAGCGAGCCUAGCAAGGACACAAUCUAGUUGACACCACUGCCACACAGAAAUAACGGAUAACAAGUGCUUGAACCUAUCCCAGUAUCAUGAGAGAAAACGGAGUACUUUAGUACUUUGAAGUACUAAAACGGAGUACUUUAGUACUUAGAAGUACUACACUCAAACACUCAAGUAAGAACGUGUGACGAUGUGAUACUACUUGCGUGACCGCUUCGUCCGCUCAAUGAAUGGUUUGUUUCAGCCACGUGACGCGAUGCGAAAAGUAUUGUCUAUCACGGACAAGCGUGGCAUUUGUCUGAAAGGAACUCUCGACCGUCCAGAAGACUUCCCUCGAUUACUUGAACACUGGGAAAAUAACAACGGAUUAUGGAACUUGUCGAGCCAGAGGAACCCCCAAAGAUCGAGGCAAGUGAAGCAAUCGACAGUUCUGAACACACCACAACAGAAUCAGCCGAUAAUGUUGCACAAGCCGCUGAAGAGUCGCUUGUAAACGAUUCGUUUACUGUGAACGAACCGCCGAUUGCUAUCGGAACGGACUCCGCGAAAAAAAGGCGACGAGAAUUGAGCCUCAGUGAGAAAAUCCAACUGAUUCACGAAAGUCAGACUGGUACGAAAAGCCAGAGAAAACUUGCAGACAUCUAUCAAAUCGGUAAAACUACGGUGCAUGAAAUUUUGAAAAAGAAAGACGACAUUCUGAAAGCGUAUGAGCAGAAUGUUGACGGAGGUCGAAAGCGAGUAUGCACUCGAAGCGCUUACUCUGAUAUAAACAGACUUGCUUGGCAGUGGUAUGAGCGAAUGCGCGCCCAGGGAAAUCAAAUCUCGGGGCCAAUGCUUCAAGAAAAAGCCCGCACCUUCGCCGCUGAGCUAGACAUGAAGGACUUUCGUGCUUCAAAUGGCUGGCUCGAAGGUUUUCGCAGACGGCACGGUAUUUCGUUUGGGGCGAGUUUUUCAGGGUACGAAACCAGUGUCAAUGUGACAACCGAAUGGACCGAGAAGAUAAUGGAGGUUACUGACGGCUAUCGCUCCACAGAUAUUUAUAAUCUCGUAGAAACCGGGCUAUAUUACCGUGCCCUGCCUGAUAAGAAUCUAGUGCCAGAGACGGAAUCAACUUCAACUGAACGGCUGACUGUCACUCUGUGUUGUAACAUGGAUGGGGAAUUUGAGAAGCCACUUGUUAUUGGCCCAACAGCGAACCCCCCCUGCUUCGCCAAGCUUGACUCAGAAUGUUUACCAGUGAUCUGGAGAGCCAACAGAAGGGCAUGGAUCACUACUAGUAUUUUUGCUGACUGGUUGCGAACGCUUGAUCGUAAAAUGCGUCAAAAAGACCGCCGCAUUCUUCUCUUCCUUGACAAUUCCCCACCCCACCCCCCUACUCUGCAGCUCACUAAUGUCAAGCUGGUAUUUUUAAUCAAACCGAGUAACAACACUGUAAAUCAACUCCAGCCUCUGACUCAAGGCAUUGUAGAAGCUUUUCGUAUGGCUUACAGAAGGAAAGUUCUUUUCAGCACCUUGGCCAAACUUGAUGACAGCAAUAGCCCAAGAAGUGCCAAGCAACUAAUGCAAGAGAUCACAGAAUUGGAUGCAUGCUUCUGGAUUGCUGCCACCCUUGAUGAAAUCUCUGGCUCUACAAUGAUGAAUUGCUUUGAAUCUGCUGGAUUUCUGGUGAAUACAUCUGCAGAUUCCUCUCUGUCAUCAUAUUCCAUGGCAUUUCCCCCUCAAGCUGUUAGCACUUCCCCUCAAACUUCAAGCACACCAGCUAAAGCAGGCAAAAGCAAGGCAAAAGUCAAAAAGCAGAUCAAACUGCCAAACACCAGUACAACAUUUGAAGAGAUCAUGAGCUCUGCAGCCUACAGAAUCAUGCUUACUCAGCCAAUGACUGUGAAGGAGUACAUAACGUUUGAUGCCAAGCUCAAAGUAGCUGAUGACUUGUCAGAGGGCUGGGAGGAGCGCUUAGUAGAAGACUACUGUGAUAACAAAAAAAACCAAGUGUUUCUUCUCUCAAAUACAGCAGGAUCUGAAGGCACUGAAAAUAUCGAGAUAGAGGCAAAAAUUGAGCCUGUCAUUCAAACAUAUCCUGAAGCUCUUAACGUCAAUAAGCAGCUUAUGCUGUUUGCCGUAAAGGAAAAUGAUGGUGAUCUUGUAAAAGCCCUCUACAAAGUUGAAGCCCAAAUGCAACGUUCACAUCUGAAAAAGUUGUCAUCUGUCAAUCAAAAGGAUGUAGAGCUAAAUGAUUUGGUUACUACCAAAAUCAAUAUGAAUACUGUGACAUCUCCUGUCGACUCAUCUGAAGCAAAAGGUGGAGAUAAAGUAAAUGGCACACUGCAACAAGAGGCACAAGCACUUGAAAUCAUGAAUCAGUUUAACCAGCUGACAAGUCAAGAUCAAUCACAAGAAACUAUUGUAGAAAUAACAACAGUCAUACCUGAGAGUACUACGAUUUGUGCCCUUGUCCCCAACAACCCAGAGUAGCAUUUUAAUCCACUCUUUCACCUUUAUGUAUAAAUAAAUGUGGCUAUGCAAUGUAUCAAACAAAAGAAGGAGGCACUCAGUCUCUAUACAACCAUCAAACUAUAUAACUAAGCUUAUCCUCUCGUGACAACAGUACAUGUAACUGUUUUUAGGACUACCAAAAACUGGUAGUCGACUCUGCCCAAUUUCCUCUUUAAAAAGACUUCUUCAGGGCAUACCUGACUUGGCAUAGUCAAAAUUGGGUAUGCUCUGAAGAAGUCUUAUUACAGACCAAAAUUUAGCAGAGUCGACUACCAAUUUUUGGUGAACCAUAUUUAUACUCUUGUUAACAAACACAACUAUUUGGGAAUUUUGAUUGAUUUAUAACUGUUUUUAUAUACCCUACAGCACUUCUGACUUGAUUGGACGUGAGUUUGAACUGCUGUUAAAUCAGCAUUGUAUCUAAAUGCAUACCUACAGUAAUUUACCCCAAUAACAGAAAGUGUAAUUCAAGAUAUAGAUGAAAAUGUCUUAUUAACUUUUGCUAAUUUGAGUAAAAAGGAUGUAUGUAAUAUUUAUUUACUCUAUUCAGUCCAAAAACUGAAAUGUCCUCCAUGAAUGAUGUGCAUGUUAUCAUCAAGGAACAUUUUGGCCAUUUUCUAACAGUCUUUCACUGAAAUAGUAUUUUACAGAUAUAACAGGACUGAAAAUAAGGGGAGGGUAAACUAACACAUUUACUUCUAGUCACAGCAUUGCAAUUACCUUGUACAUAACUAUAGACCGGUAUACAAAAUGAAUGACUUCAACAUUAUUCAUAUUAUGCAUAUAUAUGUACAAUAAUCCUCUUAGAGGGGUUUGGCUGUAUCGGAAAAUAUAUAGAUAGUUUUUUACACUGCUAAUUCACUAAUAUAUCUUUAAAUUAAUAUAAUUGUCCCUAGCAAACUAAUCUGGCAAUAAGUAAUGUGGCUAACUAACCUAGGUGGAUUCAGCACAAUUAAAUUAAACAUAGACAGGAGCAAGACACAAACAGAAUGAACAAGAAAACAAAAUGUUUUUUUAGAAUUUUAUUUUUAGUAUUCCAUUGGGUUAAUUGAAAAAAAUAAUAUUGACUAUCUUUUUUAUCACUUAAAUAUCACUGCUUAUAUUUAUUUUUUAUUUUUUGCUUUAGGUAAGAUAAAAACACAGAAAUAAAAGAAACUGGAUGGGCUUUGUACAUAAAAAAAAGUGUAUUUGAUAUCUUAAAAAGUUUAAAAUUAAUAUUUGGAUACCUUUAUUUACAUAAUUUUAUUGAGUUGUAUAACAAAUAGCUAUAAAUACAUGGAGAUUAUCACUUUAUUAGUAGAGAUAAGAACUAUGGGAAGAUAGAAGAUAGGCUUUCAAAAUAAGUAUUGCCUGAAAAAAAAACUUGUCCUUGAUAGAAAAAAGAUAAUGGAAAAGGAGUUUAGGUUGUCAAAGUUCAAGACAAAUAAAGUAAUGUAACUUAAAAA